AUGCAGUUACUCAUAUGUGUUCUGCUUUUCGGGGCAGCCCUGGUUCAGGGUCGCCAUGAAAAAUAUGAAGGUCACCAGUUAUAUCGUGUCUCCGGUGCAGCCACAGAAUUCGAAUAUUUGGAAGCCUAUUUAGAUCUACUAUCAACCAAAUCAGCGGCUCGGUCGACCUCUGGACAACUCGAGGCUUUGGUUAGGUUAUCUCCUGAAGAAAAACAAAAAUGGCUUCCUCUUUUCGACAAGAAGAACAUGACUUACACAAAAGUUGUCGACAAUUUGGCUGAUGUCCUACGCGACGAAGAAGCACAAAUCAAUAGAGCCAGGCAUAAUUCCAAAAGAAGUGGCCGUGCUAUAUCAUUCAACGCCUAUUACAGACACGAUGAGAUGAACGAGUACUUGGAAUCAUUAGCUGCACUGUACCCCGGUCUUGUGACAGUCAUCAACGCCGGCCUCAGCUACGAAGGUCGACAAAUCAAAUACGUUAAAAUUUCAACCACACGAUUUGAGAACCUUCGGAAGCCGGUGAUCCUUAUCGAUGCAGCCGUUCACGCUCGGGAAUGGGUCACGCCUCCUGUUGCUCUAUACAUAAUCCAUCAGCUCGUCGAAGCCGUUGUAGACAGACGACUAACCGAGGGCAUUGACUGGAUCAUCAUUCCUAUGGCCAACCCCGAUGGCUACGAGUAUUCCAUUGACGAGGACCGCAUGUGGCGUAAAACCCGAUCUAGGUCACAUCCCGAAGCGGACACAUGCCCCGGAGUUGACGGCAAUCGUAACUUUGACCACCAUUGGGGCACAAGAGAAGCUAGCAAAGACCCUUGUUCAAUCAUCUUUGAGGGGCCCACGGCAUUCUCGGAACCAGAAACCAGAAUCAUCAGAGACGUGGCUCUUCAAAAUGUGGACAGAGCAGCCCUUUACAUUUCCCUGCACAGCUACGGCAAUAUGUUCUUGUACGCUUGGGGGAACAACGGUUCCCUGCCGAACAAUGCUUUGGCUCUCCACCUGGCUGGAGUCAGAAUGGCCGAGGCCAUUGACAGGCUGGCUUUGGACAAAGCCGACCGUUACAUCGUCGGUAACGCCGCACAGGUCCUGUACUUCACGUCGGGUACAUCUCGAGACUGGACAAGGGCCAUUGGCAUUCCUCUUACGUACACUAUGGAGCUCCCCGGAUAUGAAUAUGAUUUCAUUGUGCCUCCGGAAUACGUAGAGCAAAUAGUCACCGAAACAUGGGCCGGCAUAGCAGCGGGUGCUCAUUUCGUUUUGUCCAUAUGGUAGAAGACGGUGAUGUGAAUG